ACGGCGACAGACCGUUGACCCUGAGAUUUAGGUAUUUUCCGUUUGAUUUUAUCGCAAAAAGGGGGAGUUUCCAUUCAAUUCCUUUCUUGUUGGAGUAAGUUUUUAUCCUUUCUUUAAUCAAUUUCUCAAUUGUUUUCCUCCUUGGGUUGGCAAAUGUCAACGCUGUUUUCUUCCUUGAUCUGUGUUGUUGCAUAAAUUUUCUAAUGUUUAUGCAUCGAAAUGGAUAGUAGAACCAGAUAUGUAGAAUUGCAAUCCCAAACCCCCAGAUCGCCCGCCCCGAAGAGUGCCGAUUAUUUCCUCGACGAGGAAGGUUUGGUAGGAUCCAAGAGAUUGAAUGUAUAUGUCGAUGGCAACGGCAAUGGCAAGGAUGAUCUCUUCGAUGAUGUUGAUUUUGAUGUCGAUAGCCAUCCCCUCAUCACUGGGGAGGCUCGAGGCGGAUCCCACAUUUCUGGGGCUGUUUUUAAUCUUACGACCUCGAUUAUUGGAGCCGGGAUCAUGGCUCUUCCUGCCACCAUGAAAGUUCUUGGUGUGGUUCUCGGGUGUGUUAUGAUAGUUUUGAUUGGGAUCUUGUCUGAGUUUAGUGUUGAAUUGCUAGUGAGAUUUUUGGUUAUUUCCAAGUCUUCGUCGUAUGGGGAGGUUGUUCAGUGUGCAUUUGGGAAAUCCAUGAGGGUUCUGACUGAAAUCUGUAUAAUUGUGAACAAUGCUGGUGUAUUGGUUGUUUAUUUGAUUAUUAUGGGUGAUGUUAUGUCUGGUUCUGUUCAUCAUAUUGGGGUUUUUGAUCAGUGGUUGGGGCAUGGCUUCUGGGACCAUAGGAAGCUUCUGAUUCUGGCUGUGUUGGUAGUUUUUCUAGCUCCCCUUUGUGCCCUCAACAAGAUUGACUCUUUGAGCUUGACGUCUGCUGCAUCGGUAGCUCUCGCAGUUGUCUUUGUUAUUGUUGCUUGUGCUAUAGCGUCAAUUAAACUUGUAGAAGGACUGAUCGAGCCUCCGAGAAUGAGUCCCGAUUUCGGAUCCAAGCAGGCAAUCUUAGAUCUCCUUGUGGUGGUUCCAAUCAUGACCAAUGCGUAUGUCUGUCAUUUCAAUGUCCCGCCCAUAUACAAUGAGCUCGAAGCAAGGUCUCCCCAGAAGAUGAAUGCGGUGGGGAGGAUCACAACUGUGAUCUGCAUUGUAGUUUAUGCUUUGACUGCCAUAUCUGGUUAUUUACUCUUUGGACGGGAUACAGAGCCUGAUGUGCUGACAAAUUUUGAUAGGGACCUAGGAAUUCGAUUCAGCUCCGCGCUGAAUUACAUUGUUCGAAUUGGUUACAUUCUUCAUUUAGUUCUUGUUUUUCCAGUUAUCCAUUUCUCCUUACGGCAGACCGUCGACACCUUGAUAUUUGAGGGAUCGGCACCCCUUCCAGAGAGUAGGAAGAGGUCUCUCGCCUUGACAGUCGUGUUAUUGGCACUGAUUUAUAUUGGUUCUACCAUGAUUCCCAACAUCUGGACGGCCUUCAAAUUUACAGGGGCAACAACAGCAGUGUCACUGGGCUUCAUUUUUCCAUCAAUUGUUGCAUUAAAGCUAAGCAAGCAGAGUGGCCAGGGAAGUUUGAAUGCUACAGAAAGGAUCCUAUCAUGGUUGAUGUUAGGGCUGGCUGUCAUUGUUGGUGUUGUUGGACUGAUUGGAAAUAUUUACAGCUUGAGAAAUCAGUCCUAGUAACCGUUUUCGAAGUAAUUCGAAAGUAGAUUCUUUUGUUUAAUACUCGUCAAUUCACGUUAGGAGCUAGAUUUAUCUGGUGAUGUCUUUGCGCGCGGCGCCUGCAUAGUUCGAGAACUAAUAUGCAAAUUACAUCACUUGAGGUAUGAGAAGGAUAGUUUCGUUUUGCGGCAGCAUAGCUCGAGAAUUAUGGGACUAUCUAAGGAGUUAUGUUAUCAGCUUUUGCAGGAGAAAACUCGUUCGGGUAUUGCAUCUUACCCUCGAGCUGCACUGCAUAGAUAAUUUAGUGAGGGGGAACCCUGUCAAUUUUUUCUUCAAUAAUAUACUCUGUACCUAGAAGUUGAUAUUGUUUUGCCAUUGUAUUAAGCUGCUGCAAUUUUGCAGUAUUGAAUCUCUCUUAUAAAAGUCCAUUUUUAAA